AGACGUGGAGGUUUCGAGCGAAGAAAACUCCGCCUAUAUAUAUAGAACCAGGUCCACCCUCCUCCAGAUUCCUUCUUAUUUUAGUCUUUGGCGGAAUCAAUCUUCUAUUUUUGAUUUUCUACGCUCUCCAAAAACUUCUACAUUCCGCACCUAUCGCCUUUGUAGGGUUUCUUUUUGUGCUUCAAAUUCGCCGUGUGAGUUGGAUUUUUGGGGGUUUAGAGGUUUCUGCGGUUUUGAGGACAAUGGGCGACCAUCUCGUCCUGUAUGUUGAUCAUUUGAUUCGACCGGUUGCUCCUGUUCAAUCUGUGGCCGAGCCGGUUGACCCUGUUCCUUCUGCACCGCGUGAAGGUGUAGUUGACUCGGCUGCGGCUGGUCCUUCGUGUUCGACUGCAACUGUGGAUCAUCCGACGGUGGAGCAGGAUGCACCUAAUGAGGAGGAGCCUCUGAUUCAGGUAGCAGAGUGCCGCAUUUGUCAGGAAGAAGACGGUAUCAAUAAUUUAGAAACUCCCUGCGCAUGUAGUGGUAGUCUUAAGUAUGCUCAUAGAAAGUGCGUUCAACAUUGGUGCAAUGAGAAAGGAGACAUAAUUUGUGAGAUUUGUCAUCAGUUUUAUCAACCUGGAUACACUGCACCAUCUCGUUCUGAAGAAACUGCUAUUGAUAUGGAGGGAAGAUGGACUAUUGCUGGUAAUCCAUUAGACCUGAGAGAUACUCGGCUAUUAGCCAUUGCAGAGGCGGAACGGCAUUUUCUGGAGGCCGAAUAUGAUGAUUAUGCUGCCUCUAAUGACAGUGGAGCUGCAUUUUGCCGAUCGGCUGCUCUUAUUUUACUAGCUCUUCUCCUUCUGCGUCAUGCAUUGACCAUAACAGAUCCAGACGGUGAAGAUGAUGCAUCUGCCUUCUUCUCUAUUUUCUUGCUUCGUGCUGCUGGUUUUCUGUUACCCUGCUACAUCAUGGCCUGGGCCAUCAGUAUCUUGCAACGUCGAAGACAAAGACAGCAGGAGGCGGCAGCAGUGGCUGCAACACAAGUGGCGUUUGUGCUACAACAUGGACAGCAUAGAAGCUUACAAUUUGCGAUUGCAUCAGCAGCAGGGGCACCCCUCACCCCUCACCCUCACCCCCUUCCUCAUCCUCAUCCUCAUACUCCUGCUUGAACUGCAACUGCAGCAGUCAACCAUGUAAUAAAUACUAUAUUUUCAAACAUGAAAAACCUUUCUUCAUCUACUUGCUCUUGUUGUCGUCGUCGUCAUCAUUUGUAUGUGCCAACAUUUUCCCCCAGCUUCGUCAUCUUCCAAAACCAGGUACAGUCACUAACAAACUUCUAUUAUUUUCGUCGUCUGUUUCGGGACCAGUCAAUUCUAUGUUCCAAUUUGAUCACACUGCUUGAUGCUCUGCUUCUUGGAAGCUAAACAUAAAACUCUUGCCUUGUAUUUUGUAAAUUCUUUUUUAUAUAGAGAAGAAAUUAUCUA